GUGUGUUAGACUCUCUCCUCUCCUCCUAUAGAGUUGGGUCAGGGCUGUGUGUUAGUCUCUCUCCUAUAGAGUUAUUAAACUAUAGGGGUGUGUGUACCGUGUCCCUAGGUGUGUACGUGGGUCAGGGUGAAGGCUGUGAUGUGGUACGGAGUCGUACCCCUGCGGAGGCGGGGAUUAGACGUGACGUGCGGUCCCUGGCACGGAGGGCGAACAGCGAGGACAGUAUUGAGGUCAUCAGCACCUCAGACUCCAUCUUCCCCGACGAUCUCAUCUUCACCGCCAUCACAGAGGAGGAGCCUGAGGAGCAUGGAAUCAUGGGUAGUGUAAUCCAGGAAGAGGAGGAUGAGGAGGCAGCAGGUGAGGACACGCCCAUUCAGCAGCACAGCACCCUGGGGAUUGUAGUUCACGAGGAGGCGGCGCACACUCGGCCCCAGGGAAUCAUGGGUAAUAUAGUCCAGACGGAGGGAGAGGAGGAGCUAGAGGACACUCCCACUCGGCCGCACAGCACCCUGGGUAUUGAACUCCAGGAAUUGGAGGAGGAGAAGCCAGAGAGAUGGGACACUCCGGCCCCCACGUCUGAGCCCCAGGGAACUCUGGUCCACCAGGUGUCAGUAGAGUGCUCCUCCCAGCAGUACGAGGGUCACCAUGCCGACGCGGAGGUCAGAGGUCAGGCUGGGCAUGAUAGCGAGCGAGUGGUUCCUGACCUCCAGGUGAACUUUUCUAUCCCCCUGAGGUUAGACGUUAGAGGUCAGGGGUCAGGGGGCCGGCGGUUGCUAGGCGACACCCCUUACAGGCUGAGCGUCGACGAGGCGUCAGACUGUAUGAGCUACGACAGCACCUCUUCCUCUCUGCCCCCCACACGUCUCCACGGCAACCGCAGCGCUAGUAACCCGCGACGACAUCAGCACCAGAGGAGGAAGGCGGGUCUUGGAGCCCUCAGGUUCCUGCGGCAGAAUUCUUUCUCCCAGAAUGCCGUGUUCUGCCUGCUGAGCGGCCGGCCGCUGGUGGUGAUUGGUGGAGAGGAGGGUUCCGUGAGGAGGACGGUCGCUGCCCUGUCGCUCUACCUGCCGUCACCUGGUCGCUAUGGAGAUGCUGUGCAGCCCUACCUGGCCACGCCUCUUCAGCUGACAGACCUGCUCACCUGGAGACUCAUCGGAAUCCACAGGUAAAAACAGAGCAUCAAAACCCUGAUGCAUCAUGGGUAAAUUGUGACUGACUGAGCUACAAAUGAUAUUGAGUAGUGAUUUAUGAGGCCUGUAUAGUCUGCUGUAAUGUUGACUGUCCCAAUUAGUUACCCUGCCCACUGUCUCCUAUCCAAGUUCUCAAACAGGUAUUUCCAAACUGGGGUACGUGCAAUGCCAUCGGGGUACGCCAAAUAAAAAUGUAAUUCACAUUUUUUUUAAACAGUCCAUUUAUAUUUUCCACCGAGGCUAUACAUUUGGGUGAGUUUUUUUCCUCUUACCUGAGUCGCCUCGUUUCACCGCCAAAAAUAAAAUUAAACCAUCUAGUGUUCAGCGAAAUAACAACACAAAGUCAAAUACAGGAAGCCUCGUCAAAUAAUUAACAUCCAAUCACAUUAACCGUUACUCUCUCGCGGGAAUUCCACUAAACGGUCCGUAUGUAGCCAAACGCCUCCCGGGUGGCGCAGUGGUCUAGGGCACUGCAUCGCAGUGCUAGUGUCGUGGAAAAUCAUCUCAGAAAUAUAACGCUUUAUCAGAACUUGUAAAUUCAAUCAUGCUCUUUAUUACAAUUGUACAGCCAUCUGGAAUGUCCGCGGAACCCCCCCCUCAGAAGUCCAGUCCUUUAUAUUUAUACCCACAUAGUAUUGUCCGUCCCCUAUGACGUCAUUCCCCACCAUCUGCCUUCAAUCAGUUUAUCAUGGUGGCCGGACCCUCCCUUUACCACUAAAUCAAUGCACUCUUUGUGCCCCCCCCCCUCUCUAGGGCAUCCAAUUGCUUAUAGGCGUCUAUGUGUCUGGUCAGUUUCACUCAAAUGGAAUCAGCAGACUAUGUGUUUCUUGUUCAUUAGUGUCCAGCCAUCUCAGGCAUAUUUCUCUGGUAUGUAUGCUUUUCUAGUGGAAUGAGUAGACUAUAUUUCUAGUGGGUCUAAGUGCCCUAAACACAUAUUUCUCUGACAUGUGUAUCUCUUUAAAGAAUCAGCAGACUGUGUGUCUAGUGUCCAAUUUCUUUAAGCGCCUAUCUGUCUGACAGCAUAAUGGAGAAUCUACAAGGGUCAAAGGAUCAGAGGGCCAGAACGUCCCCCAGUAGACCUCCAUCACCACGGUCCCAUGACCCAUGUCAACAUGUGGUUCGCUACCACCACACCAUCUGCCAAUCUUCGGUUUCCUGUAUUUACCAGAAUGGCAAACACACUCACAUCUGCCUUCUUAUACUAUUUACCUAUCUAUUGUUUAAUAGUGUGAUAUCUACCUACAUAUGUCACUUACUCCUACAUAAUCCCUCCUCUUGAGGGUAAAUAACCUCAAAAACCAUAUUAAAAAUGACAUAUAGAGAGUAGAUAUCAAUACCAACAAUUGACUAAAACAUUAUCAAAAUAAA